CAUAGUUUCAAUCUGUCUUGCCCUUUUUUAUCCCACAAAUUCAACCCUCGUUUUCUCUUCUUCUAUUACACCCUCUCCUUUCUCCGAGGAAGGGAUAUAGAAGAUCCACACAAGAACAAAAAAAAAACCCACAAAUACUUUUCUCAAAUUUUGAUUCCAAAUCACUUGUAAUCGCGAGAAUGGGUCUCAAAUUAUUGCUGAUACUCGGGUUUCUGACCUUGGCCAUGGUAGCCGAGUCAGCAAACGCCACCUGGCCUCUGACGAAAUCUUGCGUCAGUGGCCAAGGAUGCAUCGGAGACGAGGAUGAUCUCGAAUCUUUGAUGGAUUCCGAGACAAACCGUCGUCAGUUGGCACAGGGCCGACGUUAUAUAAGUUACGGAGCGUUGAAAAAGAACAAUGUUCCGUGCAACAGACGAGGCCGGUCUUACUACGACUGCACGAGGCGGAAGAGAGCGAAUCCUUACCGUCGUGGUUGUAGCGUCAUUACACAUUGUGGUCGGUUCACUUCUUGAAGAGGGGAACUAUGAAAAUGUGUUCGGAAACAAGAAGGAAAGAGAUAGAGAGAUCUCAGAGAAUUUCUUUUGUUGUUUAUUCAUUAUCUAUCUUGAUUGAUAAUUGAUAUUAUCUAACCUUUUAAAUUAACUACGUACCAUAUUUUUGUUCUUAUGAUCAUUCAUUUGCACCUUUGAGUCAUUUCAAAACCCUAAAUAUAUUUUUUAUUUCGUUUCGUUAUUGUCGUAUUACAUGUUAAUUAUAUACUAAACAUGUGUUUGUGAAUUCGAGAGCGAAUGAAUCCUCUUCUUUUUCUACAGAUCUUUCACUUUGACGUACCUUAUGUAUCCCUUUGAUAUAUAUAUAUAUAUAUAUAUAAAAUUUAAUUUA